AAGUCGAUCUUGAAAGUUGUUGUGCCUGUGGAGAAAUUUCCUGGUUAUAACUUCGUCGGCCGGCUCCUCGGGCCGCGAGGCAACACCUUGAAGGAGCUGCAGAAGGAGAGCGGAUGCAAGCUGCUGAUACGAGGGAAGGGAUCUGUGAAGUUCAGAGACGGGGAGAGCGAGCAUCAAAUGCAGGAGAUUCAUCCUCAUUUGCGGGAGCCCCUUCAUGUGCUCAUAGACUAUGAAGGGUAUGCGGUGAAACGGGACCCCACGUUCUACCGAGUGCUAGAGCUGCUCUCUCCACUCCUCACUCCACCGAGAUCCGACGCAGACGAUCUUGUAAGAAUCGCUCUCUGCUUGACCUCACUCCCCUUCCCUUGA